AUGGUUUGCAUGGGAACGAAAAUCAUGAUUAUGAAUGAAAAUACAUGAUUAAAUUGGAAUUCUCAAAAUUUUUACUUCUACUACCAUUUAUGACCCGCCAUUUCUACAAUUCUAAUAUAAUGAAUUUUAUUAAAUAUAAUCACUGUGAUAUAACAUGAUUAUAUGGCUUUUUAUUAAACCAUAAAUAUUAUAGAUCUACUUGAAAUAUAUCCACAAUUCAGAGAUAAUAAACGAAGAAAGAUAUAAUUAAUAAAUGGUAAAUGAUUAAAUGAUCAACUAAACUCGUUCUGUUAUUGCAAUGGAAAGUCAUAGAAGAAAGCUUGCCUAGCAACUAUUAGGAUCUAUAACUGACAAAGUUUCAUACAUCUUUCCUAAUGGCUUCCUUGAUUUUGGAAGAAAAUGCGUGAAAAAAUCAUUGGCAAUGGCUUUGAAAAUUAAAAUCUUCGACGAUUUCAUCAAUGCAUUACGAGAUCUAUUGUUAAUAAUUUGGUUCACAUUAAUGGUUCGUGUAAAAUCUGCGAUAAUGCCUCCUCCAUGGGCAGAUCCGUCAAGCAAUCCUUGUGCCGCUCAACCACGUGGUUGGCAAUUGUUAUUUUGGCCGCCGGAUGGAAAGUGUUACAAAAUAUUCCAGAUUGGGGCACCAUGCCCUGAGACAAUGGAACUAAGUCCAGCAGCAGGUGGAGGUGGGACUAUAGCUGAAUGUAGAUGUCCUCCAGGAACUGCACAAUCUCCUAGAGAUGCGCUAUGUCAUAAGAUAUAUACAAGAGCAUCUUGUCCAAAGGGACAGUUUUUUGCACCUGUUCCAGAAACGUCUGGAAGAUCUAGGUGGGGUGUAUGUCAUGAUCCAGAACCAUGCAAAGAAAAAGGAGAAGUCUAUUGGCCUAGGGACAAUAAAUGUUAUCCCAAAUUUAGCAAAGGACCAUGUUCAAAAGGAGAACUUCUCACCGUAGACGAAGAUGGAUUAACAUUAUGUUCUUGUUCUAAAAAUGGAGAACUUGGGCGAUAUCAUUGGACAGGUAAUGGCGGUGGUUGUCAUGAACAUUAUACUAAAGGACCAUGUACAGAACCAGGAGAAUUAUUUUUACCGGGUGGUGUAUGUGGUUGUCAUUCUAAAUUACCUCACUACCAUGAACCAACUGGAAUGUGUUAUCAAUUAGGUGAUAUUGGUCCAUGUUUACAAGGUCAUCACUUUAUUGUAAUAAAUACAAUAAUCAAUGGAGAAGAAAUUCGUGCUAAGUGUGUAUGCAAACCAGGUCAUGUUCUUUAUAAAAAUGGAUUCUGCUAUAGACUUUAUACAAAAGGACCAUGUGAAAAUGGUUACAUGUUAAUAAAUUCGACGACUUGCAUUCCUGUACCUUGCACACGGGGACGAUUAUAUUUUCCACAAGAAAAAACAUGUUACAAAAUAGGAACGAGAGGACCAUGUCCGAGAGGACAAAUUGUUUUGUACGAUUAUAAUGUACGACCAUCUAUUGAUGGAAUCAGUUAUAAUGGAGUAUGUGGAUGUAUAAAUGUACAAAAAGAUUUGGAAAAAUGUUUCGAAGAAACUAAUGACAGUUGCGAAUCUACACCAGGAAUGGUAGAAAUAAAUAAAACUUGUUACAAAUUAUAUACACAAGGACCUUGUACUGCAGGAGAAUGGUUAGUUGCACAAAGAAUGCCAAAACAGAGUUUAUGGAAAAAUGAAGAAUUAGAAUCAAAAGCUAGAUGUGAAUGCAGACCCGGAUAUAAGAGAAUUACAGAUACUUUUAAAAUCUCUGAAUUAGAAAGUAAUAGUCUUCUUUCUUUGGGUGGUUGUCAACCACCUACUGUAAGUUUAGCAAAGUUUCUCAAUGAAAAAGCGAAAUCGAUAAACUUUUAAAUGAAUAGAAGAACUGAAGAGAUGAGAGACUAUGAAUAAUAGCAUAUGUCAGUGAUAAAAUGCAUUUUCUUAAAUUAUUAUUUGUAAAUACUAUUGUACAAAUAUUGUCUAUAAAAUAUUCUCAAGAA